AUGUGGGGAAAACCAAAGCAGUGUCAUAAGAAAAAAUAUAGUUAUGAAUUGGGUGUCGACGUUUGUUUGAGAUCCGCAUUUUGUCCAGAUUUACGUUUUGAUAUAAACGAAGGUCCUGUAUCAUUAUGUGUAUUUGCAUUGGGUGCUCAAGCUGAAUCAUCCCGGAAACCACCAAAAUCACCAUUAAUGUUUAACGAAACAUUGUCAUUUAAACAAAAAAUCGAUUCUCCGAACGAAGUUAGUUGCGAUAGACUUUUAUUAGGAGAUAAGCACUUGUUUAUGGAAUUAGUUCAAUGGGGAGAUUGUGAUGAUUAUCAAUAUGGAAACACUUGCGCUGAAUAUUGUACUCCAUUAUCUGAAUUUUUACCGAGAGAUUGUGAUCUUCCGUUUUCGUUAAACCGUAGUACUGAUUAUGGUGGGGUUGAAAAGAAAGUACUUAUGAAACCAACUCUUGGUGUUGAGGACGAAGAACAAGAUCCAAAAGUAACGUUACAUUUCGAGGUUGACAUUCAUUUUCAAGAAAUUGACAAUUACUGUGGAAAUAAAUUAAGAAAUGCUUUUAAUUCACUAAAUGGACUUUGUAAUUUCAUCUAAAAGCGAAAAAACAGUUUCAA